AUGUCUUUUGUUCAUUUUCUCUUUGUUGCUUUCUUUUUAUUUUUCAUGGAAAACUUUCUGACGCAUUUAAUUACUUUCUUCUCGUCAUUCCUCCUUUCAUUCGUUUAUUCAUUGUUUCCUUCCUUAGCGUUUCACUGCUUUCUUUUCGACUUUUCUUCACCUAUUCCUUUCUCUUUUUCUUUAUUGAUUUCGUUCUUUAUUUAUUUAAUCAUUUUUUUCUUUGAUUUUUCAUUCUUUUAUAUUUCUUGGUUGAUUUCUAUUUACUUAUUCAACGGAACUUUCCAUGCUUUUCUUUCUUCUAUCAUCAUUUCAUUCAUUCUUUUUUUUCAUUCAUCUGUUAUUUUAAACCUUUUAUUUCUUUCUUUCUUUCUUUCUUUCUUUCUUUCUUUCUUUCUUUCUUUCUUUCUUUUUUUUUGUUAUAAACCUCCCCCAAAUAAUUUAACUCUUUCUUUCUUUAUUUCUUUCUGUCUUUAUUUAUUUAAUCUAUUCUUUUGUUUAUUUCGUUGUAAACUUCUUUCUUUCUUUCUUUCUUUCUUUCUUUCUUUCUUUCUUUCUUUCUUUCUUUCUUUCCAUUGCUUCUUCAUUUUUUUUGCUCUUUCUUUCUUUCUUUUUUCUUUCUUUCUAUCUUUCUUUCUUUCAUCUAUUGUUUUAUUUAUUCCGUUCUAUAUCGCCCCAUUCUUUCUUUUUUUCUUUCUUUUUUCUUUCUUUCUUUCUUUCUUUCUUUCUUUCUUUCUUUCUUUCUUUCUUUUUCCAUUCAUUCUUCUUCAUUUUGUUUAUUUUGACUCUUUCUUUCUGGACAUUCAUUAUAUUCUUUCUUUCUUUCUUUUCUUUCUUUCUUGGACAUUGUUUCAUUUAUAUUCUUCUUUCUUUCUUUCUUUCUUUUUUUUUCUUUCUUUCUUCUUUCUUUCUUUCUUUCUUUCUUUCUUUUAUUUUCAUUCAUUCAGUUUCAUUCAUUCAUCUGUUAUUUUUUGUAAACCUCCCGAGAAUAAUUAUAGUUUCUUUCUUUCUUUCUUUCUUUCUUUCUUUCUUUUCUUUCUUUCUUUCUUUCUUUCGUUUUAUUUUUCUUUCUUUCUUUUUCUUUCGUUUUAUUUAUUUCUUUCUUGUAAACCUCUUGAGAAUAAUUUAAAUCUUUCUUUCCUUCUUUUCUUUCAUUCUUUCUUUCUUUCUUUCAUUUUUUUCUUACUUUCCUUUACAACUUCGGUUCUUUUUACCCUUUUCUUUCCAAACUAUUCCACACAUUUCAACUGUUUCUUUUUUCUUUCUUUCUUUCUUUCUUUCUUUCUUUCUUUCUUUCUUUCUUCCUUUUCCUCACUUUUAAUUUUUCUUUCUUACUUUUCUUUCCUUUACGUUAUAUUUUCUUUCGUUUUUCUUCUUUCGUUUUUUUUUCUCAUUAAUAUACUUCUUCUUUCUUUCUUCUUUGUUCGUUUCUUUUUUCUUUCUUUCUGCCUCCUCCCAAUUUCUUUUUUUAUUAUUUUCUUUCAACCUCUACUGUUCUAA